GUGUCCACAAAUAUCAAAAUGGUAGAGCCCAGCAAGACUUUUAAAGUCUCCUCCUGAGAGUUAAAGAAGCUCCUCUGCCUGUCUCUGCUUGCUAUUGCUGUCUUGUAUUGCAAAUCUGCAUUCAUCAUCUCCUUCUCCUUCUACCUACGAGAGAAGCUCUGUGCCUGGUUUACACAAGGAAACUAAGAUGGUAGUAGAAACUCUGCUUACUUUCGCGACCGACGUAAUACUGACGAAGCUGACUGACCGUGCUUUUGACCAAAUCAGUGUUGCCUGGGGAUACGAAGCUGAACUAGGGGAGCUCAAUGAAUCCUUAUCCAUCCUUCAUGAUUUCUUAGGAGAUGCUGCUGAGAAGGCACAAGAUGGUGGCAAGGCAGUGGAACGCUGGGUGAAGAAACUUAAAGACAUAGCUGAUGAGGCUGAUGAUGUCUUUGAAGAACUCAACUAUGAACGUCUCCGGGGAGAAGUAGAACCGCAUAACGGUAUGGGAAAACAGAUUCUCAACUUAUUUUCUCCACAAAAUGAAAAUAUGGCACAUAGAAUUAAAAAAAUCAACGCUUCUAUGGAGGAGCUCAAGAAGGAUGCAGCUUUCGUCGGAUUAAUUGCAAUUGCAAAGAAAAAAGAUGCAACCCCUCAAAGAAUUAGAGAGGACCGAGAGACCAACGCAUUCAUUGGUAAAGAUGAAAUCAUCAUUGGAAGGAAGGACGCUGUGUCAGACAUAGUUACAACAUUGACUAACUCCAACAUGAAUCAAGAAAAUCUGUCGGUCAUGGCGAUUGCGGGAAUGCCAGGACUGGGAAAGACAACUUUGGCAAAGUCAGUGUACAAUGAGGGUGCUAUCGAUGUGUAUUUCAACAAAAAAUUGUGGGUGUGUGUAUCAGACACUUUCAACGUCAAUUCAAUUUUAGCUGCAAUGUUAGGAAAGGUAGCCCCGACUCAGCAAGCAUUGCUUACAGACCUCCGAGAAGAGUUGAAAGAGAAAAAAUACUUGCUGGUACUUGAUGAUGUUUGGAAUGAAGAGUCUGAGAAAUGGGAAAGGUUGAUGAGCUGUUUGUCAAAGUUGAAUUCUGCUCCAGGAAGCAAAAUUAUUGUCACUACCCGCAGUGGCAUAGUUGCAUCACUCACAGAAACACUUCCGCGGCCUAAAUUGGACCUUCUAUCAACAGAUGAAUGCUGGUCCAUAUUGAAACAUGCAGCUUGCUCAGAUGGUAGUUUAGAGGGAAUUGGACGGGAGAUUGCUAAAAAGUGUGAAGGUCUACCAUUGAUGGCACAGAUGCACGAUCUCAUACAUGAUCUUGCAGAACGUGUAUCCGAAACUGGAAGCAUGAUGCGAGACUUCCACGAGGAUGAAGAUGUUGCAACUCCCAUUAUAGAAAGAAUUCCAGAAGGAAGUAGUGGGAAAUUGAGAUCACUGUUUUCGAAUGCUGAAGCACUACCUGGAAACAUGUUGCCAUGGUUUAAAGCUUUACGUGUCUUGAAAUUAUAUGAGGCAUAUAUUGAGGAGCUUCCAAGUUCAAUCGAAGAGCUGAAAUGGUUGAGAUAUCUUGACAUUUCCUUUACAAAUAUCGAAAGACUCCCAAAUUCUAUUGGCAAGCUAUAUAACCUACAGACAUUAAGAGCAACAGACUGCGACCUUGAAGAAUUUCCAAAAGACGUGCAAAACUUGAUCAACUUGAGACAUGUUUAUUGUGAUAAGGAAACGAAAUUUCCAGCUGGAGUAUUAGGGAGAUUAACUAGCCUUCGAAAAUUACCUUAUUCUUAUGAGGAUUAUAAGGUGAUGGGUAGGGAAAUUGUGGAGCUGGCUGCCUUGAAUCAAUUGAAGGGUAAAUUGAUUAUUUGUAAUUUGGAAGACGUAAGGAAUGGAGAUGAGGCAAGUAAAGCUAAAUUAGAGGAGAAGAAAAAGGUACGCCACUUUUUAUUUGAAUGGACGAAAAACAGGUCAACAACCAAUAAUAAUGAAGAGGAUGUACUAGAAGGCCUCCAGCCGCAUUCUGAGUUGGAAAGGCUAGAGAUUAAAUAUUUCAUGGGUACUAAAUUUCCAUCAUGGAUGAUUAAGCUUGGCAAUUUAAAGCAGAUUAAGCUUAAGGGGUGCAACAGUUGUGAAAAAAUUGAAUGGAUGGAAGCACCAGAACAAGUCAUGGCGUUUCCUCGGUUGGAGAAGCUGGAGAUCGAGGAUUGUCCCAAAUUGAGAAAAGCUCCCAGUCAUCUUCCAUCUCUUCGAAAGUUGGUUGUAUACAGUUGCCUUAGUCUACAAUUUAUUCCAGAUUUGCAUAGCUUCACAUCUCUUCGUGAAUUGAUUUUUAUAGAUUGUGAGAGAUUAGAGAGUUUGGUGAGCAGUGGGCCCGUCUCUGUUGUGAAGUUGCUGACUAUAAAAGGUUGUAGUGGUCUACAAUUUAUUCCAGAUUUGAACCUCUUCCCAUCCCUCCGUAAAUUGAGCAUUGAAUCUUGUGAGAGAUUAGAGAGUUUGGUGAGCAGUGGGCCCGUCUCUGUUGUGGAGUUGCUGACUAUAAAAGGUUGUAGUGGUCUACAAUCUAUUCCAGAUUUGAACCUCUUCCCAUCCCUCCGUAAAUUGAGCAUUGAAUCUUGUGAGAGAUUAGAGAGUUUGGUGAGCAGUGGGCCCGUCUCUGUUGUGAAGUUGCUGACUAUAAAAGGUUGUAGUGGUCUACAAUCUAUUCCAGAUUUGAACCUCUUCCCAUCCCUCCGUAAAUUGAGCAUUGAAUCUUGUGAGAGAUUAGAGAGUUUGGUGAGCAGUGGGCCCGUCUCUGUUGUGGAGUUGCUGACUAUAAAAGGUUGUAGUGGUCUACAAUCUAUUCCAGAUUUGAACCUCUUCUCAUCCCUCCGUGAAUUGAGCAUUGAAUCUUGUGAGAGAUUAGAGAGUUUGGUGAGCAGUGGGCCCAUCUCUAUUGUGGAGUUGCUGACUAUAAAAGGUUGUAGUGGUCUACAAUAUAUUCCAGAUUUGAACCUCUUCCCAUCCCUUUGUAAAUUGAGUAUUGAAUCUUGUGAGAGAUUAGAGAGUUUGUUGAGCAGUGGGCCCGUCUCUGUUGUGGAGUUUAUAAUAAGAAAUGCCCCUAAUUUAGAGAGAGUAUGUUUGGACAACCUCACAUCUAUCUCUGUGUUGGAAAUUCGUAAUUGUGGGAAAUUAAAAUAUCUGCCCACAGGGCUACUAAGAAACUACGCCAAUUUCAAGACAUUGGAACUUGGUGGGUUAUGGGAGGAGCUCGAUUCCUUCCCUGGUUUCCAUCUUGAACCUGGUCUGCAAUCUAUUCCAGCUUUAAGCUACCUCACAUCCCUCCGUGAACUGAUCAUUGAAGAUUGUGGGAGAUUACGAAGUUUGGGGAGUAGUGGCCCACAACUGCCAGCCUCUCUUGUGGAGUUGAGAAUAAGAAAUGCCCCUAAUUUAGAGAGUCUUCCAAGUUUAGACAACCUCACAUCUCUCUCUGUGUUGGAUAUUGUUAAUUGUGGGAAAUUAAAAUAUCUGCCCACAGGGCUACACUGCUGCGCCAGCUUGAAGACAUUGGUACUUGGUGAGUUCUGGGAGGAGCUCGAUUCCUUCCCUUAUUUCCAUCUUGAAACUGGAUCAUCACAACUUCAAACAUUAAUUUUGACCGGGUGGCCCAAGCUCAAGUCUCUGCCUCAACAAAUUCAAGACUUCACUUCUCUAAAAUAUUUGUGGAUAGAGUGUUUCGAUGGAGUGGAGGCUCUUGAGGAUUGGUUGGGUGACCUUACAUCCCUUGAGAAUCUAGAUAUUUGGAGUUGCAAGAAUCUCAAGUGUCUACCCAGUGUCGAAGCUACGCAACGUCGCCUCACCAAAUUACAAAACCUAGAAAUUUGGCAAUGCCCCCUUAUGAAGGAAAGAUGCACCAAGGACAGCGGCCCAGAGUGGCCCAAGAUUUCUCACAUUCCACAUAUCUACAUUGUGUGACCAGACAGCAGACAGAUUGACUCUAUGCGUACAAUGAAUUCGUAAUAGCUCCAACUUUGACAGUGAAGAAAUGUACCCUUUCAUUGCAAGGCAAUGCUUCUCGGUAUUUGUGGAUUCUUUAUCACCACUUGUUUAGAGGGCCUGAGGGGGUGGUUAGAGAGAGAUUGAUAUAGAGCAGAUUUUAUUUACAUCGUAACAACUUAAUUGAAACAGAACAAGGAAAUGAAUAUGUCGAUGCAAACAUGCAGGACUUUUCAGAUUUUGAACCUACGUUUUUUAGCAUAUUCAUCAUCUCCGAGGACAAAAAAUGAAGUGGAGUGGAGUUCAUUGUUUCUUUGAAUGCUGUGAUAACCGGUGACAAAUAUUAACAUCUUAAGCAUCAGUUUCAGUACCAAUAUUGUUAUGACAUACCAUGUUCUCUAAUGCCGGGAUGUGCGUAUAACUUUUGUUGGUUUGGCAUGUCAACCCAUUUCUUGUCUGUAAUUGAUAUAACCUUCAAGUAAUUUGAAACAUACUGGAUUUAGUGUGGGAUCAUGGAGAUUUUCUUGAUUAGUAGUGUGGGAUUUAAUGUGAAUCUUGAAAUUGUUGAA